UACGACUGCUCUUCUCACGCAGGCAUUCCGCACUCCCGGAGGAAGAGGCGCAGAUCGCCAUCACCAUGAGGAGGCGGCACUGUGUCACGUUACUGGUACUGGCCCACGUCACGACGCUCGUAUCGGGCAAAGUGAGCUUCGAGAAGCUGACCAACCUGGACUUUGCGGGCAGCGCGUACUACACGAUCCGCAACCUGUCGCUCUACGAGUGCCAAGGCUGGUGCCGCGACGAGAAAGAGUGUGUGGCUGCCGCCUUCAGUUUCGUGCUCAAUCCGCUGGCGCCUCAACAGGAGACCACCUGCCUGCUGCAGAACAGCACGCAGGCGCGCAAGCCCACCGCCAGGCCCCAGAGGGCUGUCAACCUCUACUACCUCGUCAAGAACCACAUACGCUCAGAGAAAAUCUGCGACCGGCUAUGGUCGUUCGAGCGGUUCCCCAACAAGAUGGUGCGCGGCCACGACACGGCGGUGCUCUUCACGGCCAGCAAGGACUCGUGCCUGGCGGCCUGCCUCAACGAGGACCGCUUCGUGUGCCGCUCGGCCGAGUUCAAUUACGUCACCCUGCAGUGCCACCUGAGCGACGUGGACCGCCGAUACGCGGGCGUCCAGGAGAAGUACGGCGACGCCAUCGGUGUCGACUACUUCGAGAACGCCUGCCUAGAAGCGAGCGCCGUCUGCUCGGGUAUGAGGACGUACGACUUCGCUCAAGUGGGAGUGUCGCAAGACGUGGUGACGCACUACGUUGAUCUCAACUUCUAUCCGGACAAGGAACUACUGGUGAACAGCAAGUCGGAGUGCCUGCGCGCCUGCACUGUGGACAACGACUUCGUGUGCCGCUCGGUGCUGUACAAGCCUAGCCAGGAUGGCGCCAUGCAGGGCUCCUGUUCAGUCUUCCACGUCGACCACCUCAUGCUGCCCGACGGGGCGGCCACUUUCGCGGGCUCUAGCCCGCCGCUGCCGUUGCUGGACACCGGCGAGACUAAGGGCAUCUACCUGGAGUCGCGCUGUACAAACAGCACGAGGCAGUACACGGCCAAGCCCGGCACGCUCAAGAGUCCACCAAGCGAAACGAGGACUUCAACCAAGUCGCCCGUCUUCGCCGACUCGCCUGACCCUUCGUGCGACGCUUACGGGGUGUGCUACGACGUGUCCAUUCAGUGCACGGACGCCAAGAUAGUGGUGUACGUGAAGACGAGCCGUCCCUUCCACGGUCGCAUCUACGCCAUGGGACGCAGCGAGACGUGCAACACGAGCGUCCGCAACAGCCAAGCUUUUCGGCUCGAUCUCUCUCUCACGGGACAAGACUGCAACACACAGUCGAUGGGAGGCGUGUACACGAACACGGUCGUGCUUCAGCACCACAACGUUGUGCUCACCAAAGCGGACAAGGUGUACAACGUGCGCUGCACGUACGAGACGUCCUCCAAGAACAUAUCCUUCGGCAUGAUGCCCGUGAGUGAUCUCGAUUUCAGAGACCCCGACACCACUCAAAUAACGGCCUCGCCGGAGGCGCCACUCCCCAAGAUCGUCAUCUUCGGCGUCGACGGUAGGGAGGCGUCCACGGUCAGGAUCGGCGAUCGGCUCACCUUCAGGAUCGAAAUACCCGAGACCACUCCCUAUGGCAUCUUCGCACGGAGUUGCAUCGCCAUGGCUAAAGAUGCGAGGAGCACGUUUGAGAUCAUUGACGAAAGAGGCUGCCCUGUGGAUCCUACAAUAUUCCCCGGCUUCAUCCAAAUCGACAGCAGCCUGCAGAGCUCCUACGAGGCAUUCAGGUUCACUGAAUCCUACGGCGUCAUCUUCCAGUGCAAUGUGAAGUACUGCGUCGGCAGGUGUGAACCGGUUGUCUGCACGCACGGCCGGGAGAACAUUGAGUCGUGGGGGCGUCGCAAGCGGUCUGCCCGGGUUAACAAGAGAACCACCGAGGAAAUGACACUCAGCCAGGAGAUCCUGGUGCUGGACAUCGGCGAUGACACAGCCGCCAGGUCCAUGACAGAGCGGCCGCCCACAGUCAACGAGUCACUCAGCUACCAGGAGACAGUCGAGCUGAUGGAUAAGUGCGCCUCGAAGAAUUCUGUGAUGGCGCUCAGCAUAACUGCGUCGACACUGCUGGUGAUCUACAUCUGCACCGUCGCGUACUUCGUCGCACAGAGGAAAGUGAAGUCCAUAACAUGAGCUGGAUAGCUGUGGACUUCCAAGGAUCGCAUUCGUUCGGAACACAAUGGCGGCUGCCUGUAACUCUUCCAUUCUGCCCAUUUUAUACCCACCUCAAUUGCGCGAGUGCUUCGAUACGCUGUUUGGUGCAUUUUCAAGUGUCGAGCAUUAUGUUUCAGGCGAAAAAUACUGAAUCAAAUAAUGGCUCACAGUGAGCAGUUAGCGACUCCUGGGCAUCUGGUUAGAAAAAUUCACUCUUACGAACGCGUAGUCGCUUGAAGACAAGAUAAAGGCGGAUGGAAUAAUCAUGGCUUCCUGCCUUAACGUAUAUCCGUGCUGAAUGUAAACACGAAAAUUCAUUGCCAUGUACAGGCAGAACAGAGGCCAUCCGUCCACUUUCAGAAAAAUCUAUGCCAGAGCUGAAUCAGGGGGCUAUCAAGGUGCUCCUCCGUAACCUCGUGGUCAUUAUCUGUACUUUCGGUUCCGAACAGACGAACUCAUCUGGUACGGACACUGCCGUGGUUGCAUACGAAUCGCCAUUGCUUCAAUAAGCUUCGCCAAAGUCGCCACGGACGCGGUUAAACAUGUUGCCGCAGUGGCAAAAUUUACUUCAGGAGUAGGGACAGGGAGGGUAUGGGUGGGCGCAUGCAGAUUUAUGGGUGCGAUACAUGAAUAAUUGGAGGGCGCAGCUAGAAUGUGUCAUAUUGUGUAGAUACUUCAUCACGUACGAAUAGCAUUCGGUAACAUUUCGGCACAAGCCGCGGCAACAAUCCUAGCGAAUGGCGUUGUACGUGUCUGUCGCUUUCCGUGUUUCGCCACGUCACAAAUAUCGCUUGUGUUCUGCUGUGCCUUGUUAUCGGCUCCGUUGCAAUACCUUUCUCGUGUGAUAACGUUGGGCAUUUCGAGCAGGUGCAAUCUCACUGGCGUGUCCAGGUAGACAAAAUCAAAUUUAAGCUCAAACUUCACUACAUCAAAGCAUGAGAAUACAAGGGUGCGCUGGUGUAUAGACAAGCCUUGUGAUACGUGACAAGUGGCCGCAAAAAGAAAAAAAGAACGACUAGAAGCAAGCGAUCCAAGGCAGGAUUCUUGAACAUCGCUUCAUUUGCUGGUUACUUACGCAGCGAAUGAACGCCCGUCUACUGAGAUAUACACAAAAGUUUACAACGCAGAUGUUGAGACCACUUAUGAAGUGGCAACAGUCGUCGGGAGCCAAGUUACAGCCCCUGGAACCACCGUCGUGCAAUAGCUAAGGCUGGUGGUUUGUGCCUGCAAUGACGCAGUGAUGUCUGAAGCUGGGUCUCGUAAAUCCCGAGGCAGUUUUUCAUUCUUGUUGUCGAUCGCGGGCGACAGAUCUCAGGAAUAAAAAUUCAGGAACUAAACGCGUUAAAAGGCAAUUUCUGGAAUGAAAAUGGCGGAGAAUCACUUCCAAAGAUCCCCUUUAUAGAGCCGAAGCAACCCGGACCCUGAAAAGCACGUUUCACUUGCCACAUGCCACAAUCAUCGACGAAUGCAACACAAACGCGCGGAACCCCUUUAAGCGUUUGAAGCUCUACAGCAUGCGAGAAAGGUAAUUGUGUGGAACACUCACAUCAGCCUUGUUUAAGAAGGUUUAGCACUUGAGAAAAGAAAAGAAAGUGGUAGGUCGUACGCGUUUUUGUUUUCCUUUAAGCUCUACAGUGUGUUCUGCUAGUGCCAGUAUGCGCGUUACAUUUGUGCUACGAAAGGGUUAGAACGCGCGUGGCUAUACUUUGUCGACGUUCUGAAAGGGUUCUUUCACAACCAAAUAUGUAUGUCCUCUUGUCUGCGAGAACAAGGAAGCAAUGCGGGCAUACGUCAACCAAAAAAAAAAAAGAAUGAUGAGGGUUGAGAAAACAAAUCAUGCUACAACCGCCUUAACGUGUAAAUAGUUUUCCCUUGCGUAUGAAUUUACCGUGUGUGCAUGUGAACAUCACUAGAAUUUUUUUUUUUUGUCUGUCAUAUGAAGGUACUGUUAUCGAAAGCUGCGCGAAAUUCGAGUCAACGUUUUGUGCAGCCCAAUGUUUCUUCUAUGGGUCCUACGAACUAUUGUUGUCAACGGCAUUUUUCCCCUCUUCAUAUACCAAUGUUCACUUGCGCUUUAUUUAUUUAUUUAUUGACACAUAGCAACCACCGCGCUCCAUGAGCGAGCCAGUACUGUAAGAAAUGACGUGUGCAGGGUGCACUCUUCAGUUCGUGUUUCGCGCCAUGUUUCAUUUUGCUGUCAAGCGUGAGAUGGGAGCGUGCAUUUCACCAUGUGGUGGCGGUUUGGGUGCGUGAUGGGGGAACAGCCUACAACGCUUCUCCGCGUCUCUCUCUCUCUAUGCGGUGUCAACGACGUUGCGGCUUUUAUGUAUGGCGGGUGGCUGCGCCCACUGGGCGGCAUAAAAGCAGCACAUGCACUGGUUUUGUAGGAUGUUUUCGAAUAAACUCAAUGUUGAUAAACCAA